CAAAUCCUACAGAUUACAGCCGCGCCAGCCUGCUGACUGAAUGUGCUUCGUUGUGUUGUACAAUUUCUAUCCAUUGAUCAUUUCUUGUUGGUCCUAACUCUAUGGAAUAUUUAGGCAGAUAAGGACUAGCAAAAUUCAGCGGAGGUUGAGGUGAAACUAGUUGAUAAAGUUCUGGUUAAAACUAUUGACUCAUCGCGGAUUUAGACCGUUUAUGGAUGUUUUCAAGUCGGAUUUAACUGGGUUUAUGUGGAUGUUUUCGGUUUUCAUAAACACUAAAGGUUGUCGUUAAUGGAUGAAGGCACUUCCCAUCCGUAACUAGAUUGAGUAACAGAACCAACCAGUCAACCAAGCAAAGUGGGGAGAGAUAGCCCGAAGGAGGAUCAUCUCUUUGGGAAGGUUUUACAGAGGGUGUCUCUUGCUUCCUGUAGUAAGAUGGAGACAGAAUCCUGUCCCGGAAAGAAGGAGAAUUGUUUAAAUGUGGAGCCAGAGUUAAAGGACAUCUUUACAGGCCCUGUCGACAAGCACAGUGAAGAGAAAGAACUGUCCCAAGGGCCUCAGCAGGAAGACAAGGAGCCCCAUGGGAAAGGAGACACCAGGUUAGACAGUCAAGGUGAAGGGAACAGGGCCGCUAAGUUAAACCCCGUGCCUAUCUCUAAACCCGACGGGACCGAGAUUCCCUGUGUGGAAGAAAGCAAGCUGAAAAAAACCCCUAGUUUUACGAAAACAGUACGGUUUAGUGAGACAGAAUCCGCGGAGGACCGGGAGUGCUCAGAGGAAAGCCUCUUCCCAGACUAUAAGAUGCCCUGGACCUCCUCCUGCUUCGAGGAACUGUUCCUUGCUGAGGACUGGGAGGACAUCACAGAUGACCGGAUGUUGAGAAAGAAGGUUCUGGAGCCCGGCCCCAAGCAAGCUGAGCACCCAGCCUGGGGUCAGGAGGUCACAGUCAAAAUGCAGGGAUUGCUGGAGGACGGGACUGUAGUAGAGAAGGACCCUAAACUGGUGUUUAUCAUCGGAGAGGGAGAUGUCAACCAGGCCCUGGAGGAGUGUGUGUUAACCAUGCAGAAGGACGAGAUUGUGUUACUGCUGGCAGAUUCACAGUACACCUAUGGACUUCUGGGAAGGGAGCCUGAUAUUCCCGCCUGGGCCCCUUUGCUCUACCAGUUGCAACUCCUAGAAAUCAGAGAGAAGCCCAACUCCCUAGUUCUCCCAGUCUCGGACCGAAUCCGCAUCGGCAACCAGAAACGAGAGAAGGGGAACUUCCACUUCCAGAGGGAGGAGUACAGCAUGGCUGCCAGGUCCUAUCUGAUGGCUCUGGAUGUCCUUACAACUCGCACUCUAGAGAGUGGCUGUGUGCUGUUGGAGGGGGAGGAGGAGGAGGUUCAGGACUAUCGAGUGAAGUGUCUGAACAACCUGGCAGCGGCUCAGCUGAAAUUAGAGCAGUAUGACGACGCGCUACACACCAGCCGAGAUGUUCUGUCCCUGGACCCACAAAACGUCAAAGCCCUAUUCAGGACGGGAAAGCUUCUCUCUGAUAAGAACGAGUAUCAGGAGGCCAUGGAGUUACUGAAGAAGGCCCUAAAACUGGAGCCAUCCACCAAGGCAAUACAUGCUGAGCUGUCCAAGCUAGUGAAAAGGCAGUCUGGAGGCAAAGAUACACAGAAGUGGCAAACCAAACCUGCCCAAAUCCUUGGAGAAAAUAUCGACCCAUUCAUGACAUCUAAAAAGAAGCCACCUGGAAUUUCAUGGAAGUUCCUGGUUGGUGCUCUGGUGGUGGCCUUGGGCAGUUUAGUGACAUCAGUGGUUCUCACUGCAAGAAACUGACAUCCUCUACAAAAACGAACGGCCUGCUACAAGUCCAGCUCAUGUAUACUGAGCUGAUUUAUGUACUGUGAAUAAAAUAAAAUGUGCACUGACAGAUGGGAAAAAAAUAUUUAUCAGUGUUCACUGACAUACAGUAGCUGUGUUUAUUUGAGUGUAACAGAGUAAGUUAAUGGCACAUCUUCCAAAGAAUGUAUGUAAUGGCUUUCAUUUUGUGAGCACUGCAUUUUCAUAAAGUCUAAUACAUGUGG